GGUGCUUGUUUCCGUAAUCAAAGGAUAUUUUCAAUUUUCAAUGCAUUGUCUUGUCUUCCUCUGCCAAUAUAAGGACCUCAGUUGAUGGCAGAAACUCAACGAAUUGAACAAAGCAAAUAAUCACAUUAAUUGAUUGUAAGUUUUUUAACUAAGUGAAGAAAAAUGUCGACCUCUAAUGGCUGCAGCAAUGGGGUUCAGGCUUGGGGAAACAGUGUCAAGAACAAUCGAACCAACAACGUUGGCACUGGUUCUGGAAGCCAGACCAUUGGCCAGGGUUCUGGAUCUAACCACGUUAGUGGUGGAAUAUUGUGGACCGUCAGCCCAGGCUUUGCCAGUCCUUGUGCCCAAGGCUUUGCCAAUCCUUGUGGUGGCGCUCCUAUGAAUGUAGGCCCUUGUGCUGGAGGAUGGAAUGGGGGUUCUGCUUCUGGAAGUCUCAACAAUUUCAAUCGACAAGCAAAUAUUGGAUGCAAACCCCUUGUUGGGAGUUGUAGUGUGUUUACCUAAAAAAUAUAGCAGCAAACACUUAAUUAUGGUAUUAAACAAGUCCUGUUGCUAUAAAUAUCAAUAAAUUAUGCUGCUCUGU